UUUUAACCUGUAAUUAAAAGAUUCCACCCAUGUUUCGUUUAGGACGAGUACUUCAACAGGUUAGCCAAAAGGCACCCACCACUGUUGUGGGUCGUUUCCAACAACCUCAUGUCAGCACACCCAUGACGUCUUUAAUUUCACGCUUCAGUCAAUUACGUACUUUUGCUACAAAGCCUACCAACGCCAACACCACCAGUGCCGAAUCCGCUGGACCUUCAUUUUUGACAGGUUUCAACACACAAGGUAAUGCAAUGAGCAGCAUCAAGUCUUCUGCUACACCUUCAAGUCAAUUUAAGACCAAAAAGCCCACUACACCCGGUAAGCGUUGGUUAAAGCGAGUUCCUCGUGAUCAUCUUUACAAGGGUAAAGCUGUGCGUAACUUGACUAUUGCCAAACGUAGCUCUGGUGGUCGUAACAACAGUGGUCGUAUUACCAUUCGUCAUCGUGGUGGAGGACAUAAGAGACGUAUUCGUGUUUUAGAUUGGCAACGUCAGGAAACCGGUACCCAAACCGUUAUGAGACUCGAACAUGACCCUGGACGUACAGCUUGGAUUGCUUUAUUAAAGCACGACGCCACUGAAAAGCUCAGUUAUAUUGUUGCACCUCAUGGUAUCAAAGCAGGUGAUAAGGUCACCUCUUACAGAUCUCAACAAGAAGAAGGCGAUGCUUCCAUCACUCGUACUGUCGCUGUGGAUGCUGGUAACUGUAUGCCCCUCAAGAUGAUUCCUGUCGGAACUAUUUUACACAACAUUGGUUUAAAGCGUAACGGUCCUGCCAUUAUGGCUAGAUCUGCUGGCGCCUAUGCACAAUUGAUUCAAACCGGUGAAACUGGUUAUGCACAAGUCCGUCUUUCCAGUGGUGAAGUGCGUUUAGUGCCUGUUGAUGCUUGUGCUACCAUUGGUGCUGUCAGUAAUCCUGAUCAUCAGCAUGAAAUGCUUGGUAAGGCUGGUAGAUCGAGAUGGCUCGGUAUUCGUCCUACCGUUCGUGGUAUGGCUAUGAAUGCUUGUGACCAUCCUCACGGUGGUGGUAGAGGUAAAUCGAAGGGUAACAAGGAUCCUAGAUCUGUUUGGGGUGUCUUAUCAAAGGGUGGUAAAACAAGAAAGACUCCAAACCAAUUUGUUGUUAAACCUAGACCUAGACGUUAAAACAAUUUCUAUCAUUUUUCUCCUUUUCCUCACCUUUGUCCACCCUUCAAAUCACUCGUAUAUAACUUUAUCCCACACUCUUUGUAAUAUCAAGAAUAGCAACAAUAAAAAAAACAUAUUAGAAACUCAAAA